CAGUAGGCCUAAAAGCCCUACGCAAAUAAAAUAGACUUGACUAAAUAUUCUCCCCUACUCAUAUCAGAUUGCACUGAUCUUUUAAUGUUUGCUAAUGAACUGUAUUAAAAGUGUUACCCGCUUUUGCGCAUUUCUAUGGAUUAGCCCUCCAUAAAACUAAAACAAAGAAGUGUCGUCGAUACCUUUUUCCCUCGGAUGAAUGCAUUGAGCUGUAUUUCGCUGCUCUGCUCGACUCUGCUGCAAAGUCCGAGUGCGCAGCUACAGCGCGAGAGCUCGAGCCGCACCGACAGCACAGCUCUGGCAAAAUGCCUAUGGAUAAUUUCAUAUUCGCGCAAUGCAUCCUUUAUUUUUUAGCCUUCGCCUUUGGCUUUAUAGCUAUAGUACCUCUGUCGGAGAACACGGAGGAUUUUCGCGGCAAAUGUCUGCUAUUUACGCGUGGGAUGUGGCAGAAUGAGAACAUCACGGUGUCUAAGCAGCGCUUCAUCAUUGAGGAAUGGGGACCACAGUCCUCCUGCAGCUUCAUCACCGCCGUCGGCAUCGCGUCGCUCAUCCUGUCCGCCGUACAAGCCUGGAGGCUGUUGCUCUUCAUCUGCAAAGGCCACGAUGACUCGAUCUUCAAUGCCUUCCUGAACCUGCUCAUCAGCACAUUCGUAGUGUUUGCUGUGUUCCUGUCCAGCACAAUAGUCAGUGUGGGUUUCAAUCUAUGGUGUGAUGCCAUCAAAGAAGGAGGCAGUAUGCCCAGCAGCUGUGAGGAUCUACAGGACACUGAUCUUGAACUAGGGUUGGACAAUUCUGCUUUUUAUGACCAGUUUGCCAUAGCACAGUUUGGGUUGUGGGCGGCCUGGCUGACUUGGCUCGGCAUCACUGUCAUGGCCUUUCUGAAGGUCUAUCAUAACUACCGUCAAGAGGAUCUGGUCGACAGCUUGAUUCACGAGAAAGAGUUCCUACUCAGACACUCGUCACGCCGGCGCUCUGAUGUGGUAGAUGCGAAAAGUGGCAUGAUAUGACCAGCUCAACAUUUUCAACGCUUUGGAAUGUACUGUUAAGUAAAAUGUGUUCAUAAGCUUGUAAAUUUGUCUCAUUAGUUGGGUGCUUCUCAACUUUUGAUUGACCUCAGUUGAGCUUAACUGAACCAAAUGCUUCUGAAUUACAUUUUAUUUGACAGUCGACAAUGACUGAGAAUAGACAUUCACGUGCACUCAAUUGUUCGGACAGAGGUCACAGAUCAUUCACCACAACAUUUUUUGAUGUUGAGCUUGAAACACAAGACCCUGGACAAAAUAAACAGUGAACAUCAAUAACUUUAAAGGGAUAGUUCAAGAAAAAUGUAAUUCUUUUAUGAAUUACUUCGUUAUCCCAAACUUUUAAGACAUUCAAUCAUCUUCAAAACACAAAAUGAAAACAUUUUCAAUGAAGCCAGAGAGAUUUCUAUGGAAACCCGUUUCCACCACAGAAUAAAAAAAAUUAAAAAAGGUAAUUGCGACUUUUUAUCUCACAAUUCGGACUUUUUCUUACAAUUGCAAGUCUAUUUCUCACAAUUCAGACAUCUCAGAAUUGCGCGUUUAUAUCUCGCAGAUUCUGACUUUUUUCUUUGAAUUGUGAAUUUUAAAUCUGAGUUAAUGUAUCUUGCAAUUUACAGCUCAUAAUUCAGAUUUUUUUUUUCUCUCAGAAAUGCGACUA